AAUAAAUAAUGGUUCAAUUAUUAAUUAAAGAGGUAAAUUACGUAGUUAUGUAAAGUGAGGCUGCAAUCUCGUUAGAGUAAAGUACCAUAACAGUUUAGCCAGCUAACGUUAGCCCUUUGCUAGCAGAACACUUGGCUAGCUAGCCUAGUUGUCAAGCUAACACUCAACAUCAAUUAACGUUAAUCAAUCACAUUGCUCAUUUGCUUGUGUUUUGCUAGACAGUUUCACUGAAACCAGCUCGUCUCGUAUUGUAGAUAGCAGAAGAGGAAAGUGACAACAUGCUAGCGUAGGUAACGCUAGCACAGAAAUGCUAUGUUAUUUGUUUUUAAACAUUAUUUAACUAGGCAAGUCAUUUAAGAACAAAUUAUUAUUUACAAUUACGGCCUACUUGUAAAGUCCUCUCCCCCGGCCAAACCCUGCCCUAAACAGGUGUUGUGCCGAAAAGCUCCCCCUCCCUCGCGUGAACGUGCACGCACUCAAUUCUUCAUUGCUGCGACUUGCUUGCUAGUUGAGAUUUCUGAUCAGGUUAGGCUGCGUUUCAUUAUAUAUUUUAUGUCGGUUUGAUCGUGGGGUACUAGUAAUAUCUGCAGUUUUCGGUUUGUUUCAAGUCUAUUAGUCUAUAAAUAAAUCUCCUUUCCAAAAUUCGUCAUCUCUACAAUGUCUUAUUCGACUAGUAGUUGUUCUGAAAUGUUUAUUGCUUGCCUACAUUUGACUCUGUUUAAUAUAACACACAUACAUUAAUUAUUAAUUUCGGUUGCCUAUCCUGACAUUAAGUUAAUUCUAUAGAAAGUAUUUGACUCUAGCCACAAAAUUAAGGAAAUCUUGGGACUGUAAACGAGGCCUGUAAACUUCAGAAUCAUUUUGGUAACUCAUGUUGACUAGUAGUGUGUGCCACAAAACAAAAUUAGAGUAUAAACAAACAUUUAUUUUAGAAACAUUUUGUAAUGUUUAAGAAAAUAAUGAUAAUACACAUUAAUCACACAAUAACAUCACAAAGUUAAGUUUGUUAACAAACAUUAAAUAAGAAAUACAAAUUUAGAUCUUUGCAUAAUACGAUCAAAUUAAAAAAAUAAAAAUAAAAAAAAACAUAAAAAGACAAAUAACAAACAAAUAUUGGAAAGCUGCAACCGCUCGACUGAACAUUUAGUCCACUUUUAUGGAAUGUUUUCCAGGUGAUACCGUCGCCUGGAACUCAAGCCUAACCUAGUCCUGACAGGCAGCGCAGACAUAAUCCUCCAAUGAUGAGAUGGUUUUCAUACAGGACUGGUGGAACCAUCGUGGGCACAACCAAUCUGACAUUUAUGAUGAAAAAUGUUAAUAUAUAUAUAUUUUUUUAAAUAAUAAUUCUUGAAAUACAAUUAUUUCAUUUAUUAUCAGACAAAGCAGAUGAUACUACCUCUAGAAAUUGUCAAUUCUAAAGGCACAUUUUUAGGAGUAUGAAUUUGUAUACGUAGUAAUAAGCAAUUACCCAGUUAGUGUCUUCCUCAUUAUUGUCCACCUCCCCACAGAAGUGGCACAGUUGGCUCAGGUUAUCUAGCAAAACAUAAUGUCAAGUAGUCUAUAAAUCUUUACAUGCAUUUUUCUGAGCAAACAGGGAACAAGGGAAUAGUUACAGAAUUAUUUAAAUACAUGUGUUUUAGUGGCCAUCUAGUCAGAAGUUGGAUCAAAGUUAACCUUGAAAGAUCCAUAUCAAUGUUUUUUAUUAAAUUAGAAAUUGAACAUAACAGCGUUUGAGGAGAGUGACUGCUAUUUCUUCUCUCAUGAUGUUAACAUCUUUGUCCGUAUUUGAAAAGACAAAUCGACUCCUCCUUCAGAACACAUUCAGCAAAUUGGGGAAAACAGUUGUUUCCCCCAAAAAAAUUGUUACACUUAAGAUUCUAACAUUUAAGAUUUGAAGUAUACAACACAGCUAUAAUAUAAUUUGACAGUUCUGUUUUACCUUUUAGUCAGUAUUCUAUCAGUAGGUUCAUUGUACAUUUCCUUGAAAGUAAGUAUGAGAGUAUAAGUAAAGACCCCACAAUAAGUAACAUCUUGUUGGCAUGGGUGAGGAAACACGCCCAUCUGCAGAUAUUACACCCCUUCUCAGGUGCGAUCUGAACAUAUAUGUUAAUAAAAGUACAGCAUUUUGAAACACUUUAUUGAUUACAAUAUAGAGAUUAAUAACAGAGGGGAAUCUGAGAAUGCAGGGAUUCCAGCAGGAUGUGAGUUGAAGUAGUCAAAUCUGGAGCUGACAAAGGCUCUGACUUAGCAUCUUGGGGUCAUCGCUGGAUGGUGUGGAGGAAGAAGCAGAACGUUCAGGUUAGAGCUGGAAUGUAAAUGACGUGAUCAUCUCAGAUUAUCUAACAUCUGAGAAUGGGCAUCCCUCGGAUGAAGAGCAUCUCUGUCUUGCUGAUUAUGUGCUGUCAUCCAGGUGGAAAUGUCACCUGCAUAUCUGAUGUAGGAAAAGAGAUAAGUUGAGUAUCCUGUGAAUAUGUUUAUGUAGUGAGUGUGAGAUAUAGAUAUAUAUCUAUUUUCAAUGAUCAUUAUUGUGUUUUGUGGUUGAGGGGUGGGGGGAGGUUGAUGGGGACGAUGGAGGUGCUGGGGCUGUCCUAUUGAGGGCGAAGAGACCUAUUGGGGAGGGGAUUCUUCAUGGAGGCACAUUCAGUCAUAGUUUUGUUUAUUAUAUUAUACAUAUAUUUUUUCUAUUAUUAUAACAGUUUUACUGUGAUUAUGGAUAUGCACUUAUGUUGACUUGUAUAUUUGAACUUUCUUUUUGCCUAGAGUACACUUUCAUUUUAUUACUACUGUACCUACAUUCUUAACUAAAACAGAAAAAGUGUAAAGAAAAAAUUUGGAAAAACACAAUGGGAUGGGUGAACGUGUGUGCACAUUCACGCGAGGGAGGGGAGGGGGGGGGGUGCUGGCAGGGAGAAGCUUUCCUGCACAACACCGGACGACGCUGGGCCAGUUGUGCGCUGUCCUAUGGGACUCCCGAUCACGGCCGUUUGUGAUCCAGCCCGGGAUCGAACCCGGGUCUGUAGUGUCCCCCUAGCACUGCAAUUCAGCGCCUCUCGGGAGGUGAAAAAGAUCUUGGAGUUGCAGAACAAAUAAAUAGUUGCAGUCAGUUGUUUUGCUUGCACUGCUGUGAUCGGAAGUUUAGCCCCAUCGAAGUGUCAUCAGCAUGCUGUGACUUCAAACAAAUUACUUUUCCAUUAGAAAUGAAAGUAAUGUCUUGCUACAAGGUUCCUUGGCCUGAAUAAACUAGCAUUCACUUCUUCAGUUGUAUGUAGCCUACAUGCCUGUGAUGUUCCUUUGUUGAAUGGUGUUUUAUUACCACAGGUUAAGGACCCCAGGAUGUUGCGUCUGCGUUGCAAAACCAAAAAUGGGAGCCACAUAAUGCAGGGCCUGACGCAUCAGUCCUGUGUGCAGGAGCUGAAGAGCAAGGUAGAGGAGCUGACUGGUAUCCCCUGUGAUGUACAGAAGAUAAUGGUUGGUUACCCUCCCUCUAGCUUGGACCUCCGAAACGGAGAUGCUCACCUCAAGGACUACCCCAUCAAAUCAGGAGACACUCUCAUUGUUGAGGAGGAAGAGAAGAACAAGAUGAAGACCCAGACAAUCAAUUCAGCUGUAACCAAGGGACCCCGCCUGGAGUCUCCCCCUGUGCUGGCCAGAAGGGUCGUUCCAGCAGACAACUCCUGCCUGUUCACCAGUGUCUCCUAUGUGGUGGAGGGCGGGGUAUACGACCUAGCGUGUGCCCCCGAGAUGCGAGGCCUCAUCGCCCAGAUCGUGUCGAGUGACCCAACGGCUUACUCGGAGGCAGUUUUGGGAAAGACCAACGAGGAGUACUGCACCUGGAUCCGACGUGACGACACCUGGGGCGGAGCUAUAGAGGUGUCCAUCCUGUCCAAAUUCUACCAGUGUGAGAUCUGUGUAGUUGACACGCAGACAGUGCGUGUGGAUAGAUUUGGUGAGGACGCUGGCUACCACAAACGUGUGCUGCUCAUCUACAACGGCAUCCACUACGACCCACUGCAGAAAGAAACGCCUGGUUCCGACACUCCGCCCCAGACCAUCUUCUCCACCACAGAUGACAUCAUCCUGGCCCAGGCCCUGGAGCUAGCGGACGAGGCGCGAAGGCAGCGGCAGUUUACGGACAUCAACCGCUUUGCCUUGCGCUGCAUGGUGUGUCAGACAGGCCUAGUAGGACAGAAGGAGGCCCGGGAACAUGCCAAGGAGACGGGCCACACCAACUUUGGAGAGGUGUAAGUCAGAGCACUCCUCCUCCUCUCACACACCCCCCUUACCUCACAACCACCACCCCCAUGCCGUCACAUCUGUGUCUGUACGAUCCUCUACCUCACUUGGUCCAGCGAGAUUCUGCAGACCCUGAGUUCUGUCUUACCCAUUCAGUAUUACUACUACAGCUGUUAGCUCACAGGCUAAUCUACUGUAAGGUUCUGAUCUCAUACAAAAUAUCCUCUACAAUUGUUUUAGGUUAAUUUUUAAACUCAGUUUUGAGUCUUCACACUAAACUCAAAACACAGUGGGUGAUUGUUUGUUGAAGUCUUGUUGCUCAGUAAUGUAGCGUUUGUGGACACUAAUGGAGCAGAAAACUUUCUUAAUACCAAAAUUGUAGAUGCCUGGAAAUGCCUUGCUUUUUCAGUUCUGACUUGUGGCACAACCGGCAUGGCUCGAUAGUACUACAACAGAAAUCUUUUUCCAGGGCCAUUGUGACAAGAUACAUGUUUGAUUUCACACAUCAAUGAAAAUAUUAAUGAAAAUGUUUUUGUUUGUGCCUCACUAGUACUUGGAAAAACAGUGAUAACUGUUGCAAAAUAUCAAAUAUAAACCCAGUCAGUCACUUGGUAGAGAAGCUGUUAUUUUAUAUUGGCAAUGCAUUUAAUAUUUGUAAUAGCAGAGUUUAGCUAGAUUCUUUAUAGGUCAAUACAACCCUAAAUUAUCCAACAAUGGUGCUCUGACAACUGUAUAAGCUAUUGUGUAAGCUAUUACUGAAUUUAUUUUGAUAUUUUCUGCAUUGUGGGUUGUCAGGUGUUUGGAUUGAAAUAUAGCUCUGCAUUCAUCUUGAUGUGGAACAUUAACAUUUCAUGCAAUUAUUAUCAUGCCAUGGCACUCUAGCAUCAAAAGGCCAUGGCAUUACCCACAGUGGGAUUGGUUUUUUAUUAUAUUUAUUUGUGUCUAUUUUGUUGUAAUUUGAAUUAUGGUAUUUUGUAUUACAGAGAAUCGAUAAGAAUGCUACAUGCUUAUUUUAUUUACAUUUUAAUCUUAAAAUGAUUAGACAGACUUACAAUCUAUAUCAUUCAGUCUAUGUGAUGAAUCAUUAUAUAUUUGUAGUUCAGGUACUGCACACAUGGUGCUUUGCUUUUCAACAUUCUCUUCAUGAUAGUGUUUUUCUUUUUAAUUUCCCGUUAGCCUCUCACUCACACCCUGUAGGUCUUGUUAGACUAAUGUGAGGACCACCAAAUGAUGUCAUAGUUGUAAUGUUGAUCUAUAACCAUGUUUCCAUCCAGUUUUUAUGCAAGAUAAGUCAUACCAUAUUUAUUUUUUUAAACAGCUGUGAUGGAAACAGGAAUCUUCGAUACAGUUUUAUAAAUGCAGACAGAUUAUGUGUUCGUUCGACAUGGUGGGUUCUUUUUGUCUUUAAAAUGAAUUAUGCGAAAAAUGGUGGAAACACCUUUAUGCGCAAAUAUUGAUAUAAUAACCAUCAUAUUGACUUAAACUUGGAGUCACGCAAUUAUAUGGUGUGUGUGGUUCUUCCACUACUACUGGAAACCAUGUAGUUUAUUAGGCUGCAGAUGAAAUAAGUUCUGAACUUCACAGGCUGGUAAAAGUGCACAAUGUUGAGCUUGAUGCUCCUUUCCAAUAAAUAUUCUGGUGACAUGAUGACUGCAGUUUGACCAACAAAUAUUUUCGCCCUUAUCCGUAAUAAUCUCAUCAUAUAGACUAGCCUAUUCACACUGUAUCUGCAAGCUGUUGGCUAGAGCGCACUUGCCAAGACUAGAGUAGGCACAUCUUGCCAUUUAACUCAACAGUUUGUGUCAAAACUAUCAGUGGAGUUGAAAAUGUGAUGUAAACACAUUGAACUUUAGAUUUUAUUUGGAACAUGAAAACUUCAGUUAAAUAAUACAUUGUGUGCACUACGUCAUCAUGCACUGAUUUUGAUCCGCAACAAGUCAGUUUGGUGGAAAAAGCGCAUAUUUUCUUUAUGCGUAUUUUAGAAUAUGCAAUAAAAUCUGUCUCCAAUUGGAUGGAAACCUAGCAACUGUGUGUUCAAUCUAAAUGCAUGAGAGGAAGACUGCCACUGUUCUACUUUCACAGCCACCGUGAUCUCAUGCCUUGCUCUUGAAGCGGAGCCAUUGAGAUGGUUGAACCCUAUAAUUCUCACACAUGAAAAUACAUGAAUUCUGACCGUUUUCUUCAAGAGGUUGAUACUGUUGUUACUGGCAUAAAUAAUCAUAAUUUUGGGUUGUUGGCAGAGAUGAACGGCUGGGGAUUUGUUUUUUUCCCCCCCAUCUAACUAUUAAUGCAGUCUAAAAGCUCUCGCACAUCAUUUCUCAAAAUAUUUGUUUUAGCUUUUGUCAGCUGGUCGUAAACAGACUCCAAAGUGUCCCCUAUACAAUUCAGAAAACUUCUUUGACUUGUUAUUUAUAGAAAAUGGACAUGAUGUAUUAGCAUUAUGAAUGCUUGUCUUACAAUGAAAUAAUCUGGGCCAGGGCCGGCUUUGUGUGGAAUAUGUUUCCUUGUUCUUGCUUGGACUUUUCAAAGACUUGUGUGUAAGAGGUCUGGGACAUGGUUCUAGUGGGUGUUGAUUUGACUCAAAUAAGACUUCUCCCACAACCCAUUACAUGGAUGUUCAAGGAAACGUUCAAUGAAUGUUGCACUCAAAGCACUACAGAGAAACUGGGUUUACUUGAUUUUUCCAAUGUUGUCACAAUAAAAUAAAUCAUUUAGGAUAUUA